GGCAGCACAGCCCUCCUCUGAACAGACCUUAAAGGUGCUUUGUGCGUGCCUUCAUCUGUAUGACUGCAGCAAGAGGGAGCUGGGAUGAUGAAGGUCCAUCACAUACUCCUCCUUAUCUCUCUGGGCUGACCCUGUGCUACGAACACGAGACUCGCCUUGUUGAGGACUUGUUCAGGGACUACAACAAGGUGGUGCGCCCAGUGGAGGACCAUCGGGACGCCGUCGUCGUCACCGUCGGGCUGCAGCUCAUCCAGCUGAUUAGCGUGGAUGAAGUAAAUCAGAUUGUGACAACCAAUGUACGCCUGAAACAGCAAUGGAUAGAUGUCAACCUCAAGUGGAAUCCAGACGACUAUGGUGGCGUGAAAAAAAUCCGCAUCCCUUCGGAUGAUAUCUGGCGGCCAGACCUUGUUCUUUACAACAACGCAGAUGGUGAUUUUGCCAUAGUAAAAUACACCAAAGUCCUUCUGGAGCACACAGGUCUGAUCACCUGGACACCACCAGCUAUUUUUAAGAGUUACUGUGAAAUUAUAGUCACACACUUCCCAUUUGACGAGCAGAACUGCAGUAUGAAGUUGGGAACUUGGACAUAUGAUGGCACAAUGGUUGUUAUUAACCCGGAGAGUGAUCGUCCAGAUCUGAGUAAUUUCAUGGAGAGCGGGGAGUGGGUGAUGAAGGAUUACCGUGGCUGGAAGCACUGGGUUUACUAUGCUUGCUGUCCUGAUACCCCUUACCUGGACAUCACCUACCACUUCCUCAUGCAACGCCUGCCUCUCUACUUCAUCGUGAACGUCAUCAUCCCCUGCCUGCUCUUCUCCUUUUUAACAGGGUUAGUUUUUUACCUACCCACAGAUUCAGGUGAGAAAAUGACUCUCAGCAUCUCCGUCCUGCUGUCUUUGACUGUGUUCCUUCUGGUCAUUGUGGAGUUGAUCCCUUCCACCUCCAGUGCAGUGCCUCUGAUAGGCAAAUACAUGUUGUUUACAAUGGUGUUUGUCAUCGCUUCAAUCAUCAUCACGGUCAUUGUCAUCAACACCCACCACCGCUCCCCAAGCACUCACACCAUGCCACACUGGGUCAGGAAGAUCUUUAUUGACACAAUCCCAAACGUCAUGUUUUUCUCUACAAUGAAACGACCAUCCAGGGAUAAACAAGACAGAAAUAUUUUUGCAGAAGAUAUUGAUAUUUCUGACAUUUCCGGGAAGUCAGGCUCUGUGCCUGUCAACUUCUACUCCCCGCUUACCAAAAAUCCAGAUGUGAAAAAUGCUAUAGAGGGAAUCAAAUACAUUGCGGAAACGAUGAAAUCGGACCAAGAAGCCAGUAAUGCUGCAGAAGAAUGGAAGUUUGUUGCGAUGGUGCUUGAUCAUCUUCUCCUUGGCAUAUUUAUGCUGGUUUGUUUUAUAGGAACAUUAGCUGUAUUUGCUGGUCGACUUAUUGAAUUAAAUCAGCAAGGAUGAAUGUGAGCUGGAAACUAUUUGUUACUCUGAACAUCUGAAAGCAUCAUAACUAUCAAAAUCUGGGCAGACUCUGUAAGUUUCACUGCUGGGAAAGAGCAGGGACAAUAAAACGUAAGGCUCCAUACUUAGCACUUUUGA